AUGGACAGCCUGUUUGGCAGGAAGAGACACAAGUCUCGGGUGCCCUCAGGCGACUUGGGGGAUCGUUCGGUUCCGUAUGACCGACUGGGCCCAGCGCCAAAGUCUCCCAACCGACCUCCAAACUCAGCCUUCAUUUCAGCACCAAUCACCAACCCAACGCUCACUACCAAUGGGACCGAACUCAACAAGUAUGCGAUGCAGCGCUCUAAACAAGAACGCGACAAGGCCUACGACGCGUUUACAGCCUCCUCCGCUUCCUCCAUAUCCGACUCUUCUUCAACGCUCUACACCGACUCGUUUGCUUCAUCGUCCAACUCCCGGACAUCUUUUACCUCAUCAUCUGGCCUGCGCUCUCCAGCAAUGUCAGACUUUGGCCAAUUCCCUCCGCCCACUCCAAAUAGCGCCGUUGGGUUCCCCUCAUCACCUGGCUUUUCUUCAGCCUUCCCCCAAUCGCCGUCGGCUGCAACGAUGCGUCCAGUGUCAGCCAUGACUACUCGUUCAAAUGAAAAUAGGUCCUCCAAAUACGCUCCCUCAUUCACAUACUCCGAAGGCUCGCAUAUACCCCAUUUCCAUCUCCACAGACACGCAAACGGGUCAGACGAUUUCAACUUCCCUCGUCCAGAGACGGAUGACGAAAUCGAGGCGCUAUUCGAGAACGUCAAGCGCACCCGCGACCUGGGCGACAUGCCCAACCUCCCCAUCGAGCAAAAGUGGCACAUGGUGUACAACGACUAUCACAUACGGUGGAAAGAGGAAAAGGCUAGGGAAGACCAAGCCCGCCGACAGGUGGAUUCGGGUCAGCCUGCGCCCAUAAUGCACGAGUCGCCUGAGUGGUUCAUCCGCAAGUUUCUUGACAAGACCAUUACACCCAAACAAGCAAGUAGUCUAUUGGUAUCGUUACGGAGUAAAGAGUUGAGCUGGUUUCGACAAUUUAUCUCCCUGCGCGGAACAUCUGUGCUUGCUCAGACCCUAACCCAUAUCAGUCGGAAACGCACUUCUCGACGGGAAGUUGACAUAAACCUGGAAUAUGAAGUCGUCAAGUGUUUGAAGCAAAUCCUCAAUAAUCCAUCCGCUACUAAUGAAGCUUUAACACACCAUCUUAUUGUCACGCAAGUUGCCUCGUCUCUCAAUACCCCCCAUCUCCCCACACGCAAACUUCUCCUCGACCUAUUAUCUUUCCUUGCCUAUUGGAAUGAUGGCGAAACCCAUCCACUUGUGGUGGCUGCGUUAGAUGCCCUCAGCUCCGCGAACGAUGAAGGCUCGGGUUGUUACGCCUACUGGUUCAAGUCAAUGGAAUUGUCACUGUCAGGACGCGGGAAAAUGGGCAGUCUUGUCGGCGCCAGUGAUGAGGUCAAGAAGACUGGUGGAAUCGAUACCAAUCUGAACGAGUAUGCGGUGGCGAAUUUAGUCCUGAUCAAUGGUGUUAUUGGCUUCGUCGAGGACCUGGAUUUGCGACUGCACCAUCGAUCUCAAAUGGACGCCGCUGGUCUCAAGCGUAUCAUUGAGUUGUGCAAAGGCUUCGGAGUGCCUACGAUCGAUAAACAGCUCAAAAUCCUGCAAACUGUGUUGGAUGAUGACGAGGCGAAAUUCCGAGAGCGUCUCGACCAGGAAAUCCUUCGCGACCUCAACAACCCGCAAGACGUGUACAAUGCGAUUUUUGCGAAGACACAGGACACCAAGGCGCGAGACUAUUUCUUGUCGAUGAUGCAGCAUCUGCUGUUGAUACGGGAAGACGGCCAACCCAUGGUGCACUACUAUCAGCUCAUUGACUCGCUGGUGACGGAUGUUGUGCUAGACAAGAAAUUGGCGGGGGCAGAACAGCGAAUGGGCCAGUCUGUUGAGCGGAUAAUCGCGCAAUUCAAUGAGGCGGAUCGGUACAAAAUAAUCGAGGAGGAGGCUGCUGAGGCAAGAGCAGAGCUAACCCGGUUAAGGCUGGAGAAGGAAAUGCUGGAUGAAGAGGUUUCUCAGGGACAAGAUGGCCUCGUCGGGCGACUCAAGAGUCAAGUGGCGCAUAUGGAUGAGAAACUGAGUAUAUCGAGGGAAACCACAGUCCGCUUGCAAGGGCAAAUUGAGGCCCAACGAGAGGGCUAUGAGGAGCGGAUAGCCCAGCUGGAGGCUCAAAUUAUGGAGCUUUUCAAGAUGCUUAAGGAGAUGGGUCGGGGGGUUGAUAGCAUUCUCGACUCGAGUUCAGGACAGUUGGACCGCAAGACUCUGAUUGAGACACUCGAAAAGCACUAUCAACGCGCCAAAACGAUUGGAAUCCUCGAAGGCUCGGAGAAUUGGAGACAACGUGGUGAGGAUCCAGAUGGGACUCCUGGCAAGAAAGGAAGUCUGCGACGUUCAGUGUUAACUAAAUCCAUGCGGCCGAAACCGGAGGAGAAUGGACGAGUUUCUCAAUUUAUGGAUGCGGACGAUGAUGCGGCUGAUGAGCAAAUCCAACAACAAAUCGCUGCCGGUGUCAAGAUUUAUCCACAACGAGAUGGUCCACUCUCCAGCUCAAGAAGUGUCCGAGGCUCACCUCGACGGGCGGAUCGACCACCGCUGGGAGGCGAUAUGCCUUACAAAUCAAGCAAUCUGCGUGCUCGUGGAGAGGAUGCGGAAAAUAGUGAUUAUAGUCGGUCAUCAUCACCUGGGCCAACAGAAGAUGAGAGAGCAGCACCUGGAACACUGGCAGAACAAUUAAGCAAGCAUUUACUUGCUAGAGGUGCAGCCAGUCCAAUACCAGAAGAAGGUGCAUCGCCACCACCACCGCCGCCGCCGCCACCACCUCCUCCUCCUCCCCCCUCCGCCGCCUCCACCGCCUCCACCGCCAGCCUUUAG